ACAGCUUGAACUAGGGACACUGUACAAUAACAGGAGACAAAAUCCCAGCCAUGAUGACUCCACUUGUCCUGUGCCUGAUCCUCUCCUCUAUAGGAGGCCAGACCACAGCCCAGUGGCCAGGUAAUGAGAUCAAUGGUGGAGUGGUUGUUGGGCAUGAGACCAGUGACCACUGUGCCCUGUGCUGUGCCAGCCAGGCUUCCUACACCACCACUUGUGCACAGGAAAGUCAAGUACUCGGACUACAGAAUACUGUUCAGCAGUUACAGAUACAACUGAUGCAGACCUUACAAGGAAGACCCCGUGACUGUUCAGACCUGCUGAAGGAAGGGUAUGACAGCAGUGGAAUCUACACCAUCUAUCCUUUCUCCAAUGAUGUCCAGCUCAGUGGGAAAAGUGUGGGGGUGUUCUGUGACAUGGGUACAGACGGUGGUGGAUGGACAGUUUUCCAGCGUCGUCAGGAUGGUUCUGAGGACUUCUACCGGGGCUGGGCUGAUUACAAGGCUGGGUUUGGCAAACUGGACGGAGAGUUUUGGCUGGGUAAUAACAAUCUUCACCAGCUGACCAGCCAAGCCCAGUAUGAGAUGCGGGUUGACCUGGAGGAUUUUGAGGGCAACAGUGCGUAUGCGCAGUACCAGGCCUUUACUGUGGGGAGUGAAGUUGACUACUACAGGCUGACUGUUGGGGGAUACAAUGGGACAGCAGGGGACUCCCUGACCGCCCACCACAGCGGCCGCCCGUUCAGCACCUGGGACAGGGACCACGACGCGAGCCCCACGUCCUGCGCCCAGGCCUACACCGGAGCCUGGUGGUACGCCGCCUGCCACGACGCCAACCUGAACGGGCUGUACCUGGCAGGUGCGCAGGUGUCUAACGGAGGGAACGGGGUCAACUGGCUCACCUGGAAGGGCUACUAUUACUCCCUGAAACACACUGAGAUGAAGAUACGCCCCAUACAUGUAGCUAACUAGAGAAUGGAUGUUUUAACUACAUGUAACACACUGAGAUGAAGAAUGAUACGUCCCAUACAUGUACAUGUAGCUGACUAGAGAAGGGAUGUUCCAACUAACA